GGAGGGAAAGAAGAGGCGGAGGUGGUGGUGGAGCGAUCGAGGGCAGUGGAGCUCCUUGUGGCUGAUCCGGCUGGGAAUCUACUACUCCGCGCACGCAUUCACUGUUCUUCGUGAUUUGAUCUGCCGCUGCCAUGGAUGCCGUCCCCGCGCAACCUGCAGGUGCAUCUGCUGCCGCUGCUGAUGGACUCACGCAGCUGAGUAAUUUGAUGGCCUCGGAGUCCGGAUCUCCGCCUCCUCCGAGUGACCAAGAGAUGGCCGAAGCCAAGGCUAUGCCCGUGCGACAGUACUUGGAAACGAGAGUGGUGCCUCUCUUAUUGCAAGGAAUGCAACGCUUGGUGAUUGAGAGGCCUGUGGAUCCAGUGGAGUUUCUAGCGAAGUACUUGACAGACAACAAUCCACGAAAGAAAGUUGAAGAGAAACCAAAGGAAGGAGAAGGAGCGCCCGCCGACGCUGCUGCCGCUCCCGGUGCUGCUGCUCCCGCGGCGCCUCCCGCUGCUCCAGCAAAGUAGACGAUUCUCGAAAGUUCAACGAUCAUAUCUUCAACAAAAAUGGCUUUUUUUAUUUAUAAAAUAAGCCCUAGAGCUACGAGCGGAA